CGGCUCCGCCGCCGCUCCUCCCUCGGCGCCUCCCGCAGCGCCGGGUCCCUCCCAUCCAAGAUGGCGGAGAGUCUCCCCGAGCAUGAUCGGAUCCUGCAGGAGAUCGAGAGCACCGACACGGCCUGCGUGGGACCCACCCUGAGGUCUGUAUAUGAUGACCAACCAAAUGCACAUCAGAAGUUUAUGGAAAAACUUGAUGCCUGCAUACGUAACCAUGACAGGGAGAUAGAAAAGAUGUGCAAUUUUCACCAUCAGGGCUUUGUGGAUGCUAUUACAGAGCUUCUUAAAGUUAGGGCUGAUGCAGAAAAACUAAAGGUCCAAGUUACUGAUACCAACCGAAGGCUUCAGGAUGCUGGGAAAGAGGUGAUAGCCCAAACAGAGGAAAUCAUCCGAUGUAGGGUUCAACAGCGGAAUAUUACAACAGUUGUGGAAAAACUACAGUUGUGUCUUCCAGUGCUGGAAAUGUACAGCAAACUAAAAGAACAGAUGAGUGUUAAAAGAUACUAUUCAGCUUUGAAAACAAUGGAGCAGCUAGAAAAUCUAUAUCUUCCUAGAGUUAGCCAAUACCGCUUUUGCCAGAUAAUGAUAGAAAAUCUGCCAAAACUGCGUGAAGAAAUAAAAGAAAUAUCCAUGUCAGAUCUGAAGGACUUUUUAGAGAGUAUUCGAAAGCAUUCUGACAGAAUUGGGGAAACUGCCAUGAAACAGGCACAGCAGCAGAAAACCUUUAGUACUGCUCUCCAGAAGCAGAACAAUGUAAACUAUGGUCGGAAUAUGCAUCUAGGUAGAAACAGGAUUUUGGAAUCCAAGAAUGAAAUCACAUUGAAGCGAACAUUUGAAGAUGAGGAUGAACAUGAAGAAGAGGUUUUAACUGCCCAAGAUCUUGUAGACUUUUCUCCAGUCUAUAGAUGUUUGCACAUCUACUCAGUCUUGGGUGAUGGGGAAACAUUUGAAAAUUACUACAGAAAACAAAGGAGGAAACAAGCAAGAUUAGUUCUGCAGCCACAGUCAAGCAUGCAUGAAACUGUAGAAGGCUAUAGAAGAUACUUCAGUCAAAUUGUAGGUUUCUUUGUAGUAGAAGACCACAUAUUACAUGUAACCCAAGGACUGGUAACCAGAACAUACACUGAUGAACUCUGGAACAUGGCCCUUUCCAAGAUCAUUGCUGUUCUUAGAACACAUUCAUCAUAUUGCAAUGAUCCUGACCUUGUUCUGGAACUGAAGAAUCUCAUUGUAGUAUUUGCUGAUACUUUGCAGGGCUAUGGUUUUCCUGUGAACCGACUAUUUGAUCUUUUAUUUGAAAUAAGAGACCAAUACAAUGAAACACUUCUUAAAAAGUGGUCUGGAUUGUUCAGGGAUAUUUUUGAAGCAGACAACUACAGCCCUAUCCCAGUAGCAAAUGAAGAGGAAUACAGAAUUGUUAUAAGCAAAUUUCCUUUUCAAGAUCCAGAACUUGAUAAGCAGUCCUUUCCAAAGAAGCUUCCAAUGUCUCAGUCAGUGCCUCAAAUUUAUAUGCAGGUGAAGGAAUUUAUUUAUGCAAGCCUUAAGUUUUCAGAGUCACUUCACCGCAGUUCAACAGAAAUAGAUGAUAUGCUCAGAAAAUCUACAAAUUUGCUGCUUACAAGAACUCUAAGUAGUUGUUUACAGAACCUAAUUAAAAAACCUCAUAUAGGUUUGACAGAGCUUGUUCAAAUUAUCAUAAACACAACACACUUGGAGCAAGCCUGUAAAUACCUUGAGGAUUUUAUAUCUAACAUUACAAAUAUUUCACAAUUGACUGUCCACACUGCAAGACUUUAUGGACUUUCUACAUUUAAGGAUGCAAGGCAUGCUGCAGAAGGAGAAAUAUAUACAAAACUUAACCAAAAAAUAGAUGAAUUUAUUCAGAUUGCUGAUUAUGAUUGGACAAUGUCUGAGUCAGAUGGAAGAGCCAGUGGAUAUUUAAUGGACCUAAUUAACUUUUUGAGAAGCACGUUUCAAGUAUUUACUCAUUUACCUCAUAACAACAAUGACCAUGCAGCUAUGUCGGGAAAAGUGGCCCAGACAGCUUGCAUGUCAGCCUGCCAGCAUCUUUCAAUGUCCCUAAUGCAGAUGCUACUGGACAGUGAAUUAAAACAAAUAAGCAUGGGAGCAAUUCAGCAGUUUAAUUUAGAUGUGAUACAGUGUGAAUUGUUUGCUAGUUCUGAGCCUGUGCCAGGAUUCCAGGGAGACACCCUGCAGUUAGCUUUCAUCGACCUCAGACAACUCCUGGACCUCUUCAUGGUGUGGGACUGGUCCACCUACCUGGCUGACUACGGGCAGGCCACCUCCAAGUACCUGCGGGUCAACCCCAGCACGGCCCUCACGCUCCUGGAGAAAGUUCACAGAGGGUAUGUAUCGCCUAUAUUGUUACAAAAUAUUUUUUCUGUAACUUACUCAAUUUCCCGAAUUUCGUUUUUAUAUCCGUUGGUACGGGAAAUCAGCAAUAUAGAUACCCGCUAUUGACGGUGAACGAAAGUUACCCAUUCGCCGAGUCUGAAUUUACCAUGGAAGGAGAGGAUACUAACGGGUUUUCUGACUUGAUUCUCUCCUAGGGCAAUUGGUCGGAGUCCUGCUGAAUGGGUAUUUGCUUAAUACUUACAGGUUAUUUGUGAAAUAGUAUUUGUUAAAACGAAUUCUAUAUCGCAGAAGUUUAAUUUAAUAACACAUAGUGAACAGGUUUAGUAAUCUUUCAGUUCUUGUUAGCAGAAAGAUCAAAAGAGGAACAGCAGUAAACUGAUCUAAAUAGUCAGAUUUUUCCUUUUCAAUUUAUGUUUCUAAUGUGUUUGUCACUUGCUUUUUUAUUUCUCUAGAAUGAAAGACUCCAGCAAAAAGAACAACAUUUUUGCUCAGUUCAGGAAGAAUGACCGUGACAAGCAGAAGCUAAUAGAGACUGUAGUAAAGCAACUUAGGAGUUUAGUGAAUGGUAUGUCCCAGCACACAUAGGCCUCUUAAAUCGACAGUAUCUCAUCACACCAAGAGGUGUUUCUUAGCCACUAUUUCUACUAAGCAAAUGAUGAUACCAGUUAGGACUUUUGUUUGACGGAGAGAAGGAAAAAUGCAGUAGAUGGAUUGUACAUGUAGUCUUCAACAAACAAUUCUUUGUACGUAUUUUUAAUGGAUCGAAUACUAUUUUGUAUAUUGUAAACAAAUGGUGAAAAAUAAGGUUGUACAAUAAAAACCAGCGCAAUUGUAUUGUACAUGGAACAGCUAAACUGUAAAUACGUUAUUUAAAUAUCUGCAGAUAUGGUGUCCAGAAUUUUGCUCCAAGUAGGAAUUAUUUGAGAAAUGACCCCUUAGUUGCUGUUUUCUGGUUGGAUCCUAAUUUAAUGUUUUGAAGCAUUGAGAUACUUGUGUUUCAGAUGCCACCUAUUGUUUUCUUGCAUUAAAUGUAUAUUAGCCUUAAAGUGAUUGGACAUAAUUUUGUAUACCAGGUUUUGUAGUCUGGAGGUAUGAAAAAGUCUUCUGAUUUUUAGUACCUUUGAAAACUACCUGAGAACUAGACUUGAUAUCUAUUUAGCAUUAGGACUUAUAGGCUUUGUUCUCCAAAAGGGUUUAAUCUUGAGGUUGUGAAUGUAAAUAACCAUUUGAGUUCUUUAUAAUGUGACAUGUUGUUUCGUUUUGGUUUUGUUCCUCAGGGUUACUAUUUCUAACUGUACUUUUGUAAGAUCUCGGGUUCUUUAUCCCACGCUGCAGUAAGGAAUAGGUUUGCCGCUGUUGGUUUCGUGCUGCAUCUGUUUGUUGGUUUGCGCUUUCUCCUGCCAGCCCCAUCCCAGCGAUUAGCAUUUUGUCCGACUGUCCGUCUCUUUGCGCUGUCCCCUCCUGGCUAUUUUAGACACUAAGAGAAUGUCUAACAGAUACAAACCAAAUGGAACGUGUAAAAAUUAUGUACAUUUUCGCUGUAUUUUUAAGUUAUUGACGGUCUAAAUACAGUAAUAUAAACCUCA